AUGGACUCAGACAUCCUGCAAGUCUUCCAGAGAGAACUCACCUGCUCCAUCUGCAUGAAUUAUCUUAUAGACCCAGUCACCAUAUGCUGUGGGCACAGCUUUUGUUGGCCCUGUCUCUGCCUUUUCUGGGAAGAAGCCCAAACUCCUGCACAUUGCCCUGUGUGCAGGGAGCCAUCACAGCAGAUUGACUUCAAGAGCAAUAUUUGUUUGAAGAAUCUGGUAUCCAUUGUCAGAAAAGCCAGUGUCAGGCAUUUCCCGAGCUCUAGGGAUCACAUGUGUGUGACCCACAAGGAGAGAAAGAUCUUCUGUGAAGAGAACAAGACCCUGCUGUGUUUGCUCUGCUCCAACUCCCAGGAGCACAGGGCUCACAGACACUGUCCCAUUGAAGAGGCUGCUGAGCAGUACAGGGAGAAGUUUCUAAAACUAAUGAGAUCUCUUUGGAAAAAGAUCCAAGAAAACCAGAGAAAUCUAAAAGAAGAGAGCAGAAAAAUUAACCAAUGGGUUUGGUAUGUGCAUCUGCACAGAGAGAAUAUCAAGGCAGCUUAUAGGAUGCUGCAUCCCAGUGUCCAUGAAGAAGAAAAACAACAUUUGGAGACACUUUUAAAGGAACGCAAAUUGACUAUACAGCAAAUUAAGAAAAGCAAAGCCAAAAUGCUUCAAAAGGGGAAACAACUAAAGAAAGAUUAUCAGGAGCUAAUGAAAAUGUGCCAUAAACCAUAUGUGGAGCUGUUUGAGAAUUUAGAAGACACAUUGGCAGAGUAUGAGUUAGUGUUCCUGCACAUGCCCCAGCCUGUGAGGCCACAGCUCAGUGCUCAGCCCAUCACUGGACUGAGAGAUGAACUUAACCACUUCCAAGUGAACAUUUCCUUCCGUAAUGAAAUAAGCAGUCACAAUGUAGUGCUGUGUGAUGUGAGAAGACUGAUGUUUGGAGAAGAUGAUGAAGAUGAAGCUUUGAAUUCUGACAGAUCAAACUAUUUCGCUGCAUUGGGAGAUCAGAUCUUCACUUCUGGGAAACAUUACUGGGAGCUGGAUGUUUGUGGCUCCUGGAACUGGGCUGUGGGAGUCUGUAGGGAUUCUGUGGUAAGGAAGAACCACACAUUGCCUGAAUUUGAGGACAUGUUUCUCCUUUUAUGUGUGAAGGAGGACACACAUUUCAGUCUCUUGACCACCUCCCCAAUAUUUUCUCUCUAUAUAGAGAGACCGAUGGGCCAUGUUGGUGUGUUCCUUGAUUUUCAAAGUAAAAGUGUGAGUUUUUUGAAUGUUGCCAGGAGUUCCCUUAUAUGGAGAUAUCCUAUUGAGUCCCUGAGUUUCCCUGUCAGGCCAUUUAUUUUCCACAGUCCACACAUAAUUAGGGAUAAUUCAGGAAGUUAACUUCUCUACCUGAGAACUUCAUAUUUAAGGGACCCCUUCUCAGUUGAAGCAGAGCAAUUACUAUGACUAUUUUUUAUCCCUGUCUUAAUGUAACCUCAUUUUAUUCAAUAUGAAAAUAUGAUACAAUAUGAAAUUUUGUUUGCACAAUUUUACUUUAAUAAAACCAUCUUUUGUUGCCUAUAAUAUAAGCUGUUGUUGAUUCAAUGUUUCAUGACCUUUGUGUGAUUACGAAAACAUGGGUUUGUGAUUCCGAGUCUAGAUUAAUACAGGAACACAAGAGUUUGCACAUCUACACAGAUCUGGCCAUCCAGAAUGCAUCUGUCAGUUUGAAAUCUUCUGGAGCUAUUCAAUUCACCUUAAAGGGGAAAAGGUAGCAUAGGUGUGUGUGUU